CGAGGCUAUUCUCUUUCUGCACUGCUCUCAUGCCGCCACAGUGCAUUCCAGGAGUAUAACAUGAAUAGUCCACGGUGAAAACUUCUGGACAGAGUGAUUCUAAGUCUAUUGUGGCAUCAGAGCAAGCAAACGUCCGAGUUAGGAUGUAGCGUUUUACAUUCUUAUGCAAUUCUAGAGACGUCAAACACCCCGAGGUGUGAAUUAUGUGGAACCAAUCGUGUACCAGUUUAAUUUAUCUAUGUCACGAAUAGGUUCUCUGGAAGUCGGACUCUGUAUUGUUAAGUAUUCAGCUAUCGUUGAUAAAAUCGGGGGAUAGUUUUGACUGGUAAUAUUGGUGACAAUGGCUGCGACAGCUACUGCAUUCACUCGUAUUUCACAAUCUAUUGCUGGAACUCUGUCUCUUUCCCACUGUAGCACCAGACCUUUGUUCCACCCCUGCAGCUCUUCAAUUCGUCGACAAGCUCCUGCAAGUCAAAUCUACUGCUUGUUGUCUGCAUUGAAUUGCUCGCCAGUUAUUCUUCACUCUGGACCUAUUAAAGAGCUUCAUUGUCGUACAUCCUCCCGUACAGAUGUUUCAUUUGUAAUUUCUCAGAGAUUCGAGAAGAGGUUUGAGUGUUCCGCUUCGAGAUCUGGAGACAUUGAAGGGUCAGACUUUCACUCUACAUGGACAGCUGCCGACAUGCCUGAAUCAGAGAGAUUUUUACACUCUGAGUCAGUGACAAGUUCAAUAGCUAGUGCGUCAGUGGUAACUCCUCUGUGUGAGCGUCCUGCAACGCAUGUAACAUGCUUGGAAGACCUACUUCAGUGGAGGAGGAAGGCAGAACAUUUAGCUGCAUCCGUAGGUAGAGAAUUUUAUGAUACAGAUGGAGGGCCGGAUUCUAGUGAUCUUUUGAGGGAGUUGGAGUGGCUUCUCGAUGAUGCUGUUGCAGCCUGUUGCCGACGUGAUCGGAAAGCGGGCUCAAGUGAGAGAUGCUGGAAAUCAUGCAGUUGGAGGGACGUGAAGGCUUGUUUGCCUUUUGAAACAGUGCGAAUUUUAGAUAGGGAUGACGUUCCAAACGUAUCUGCUGAUGCAAGUGUUGAGUUUGGAGUCUUCGGAACCCUACUUAAGGAAAGAUACACGGACCCAGUUUCGGAAUUGGCAGCAGAUGGUGCAUGUUCUUGUGAUUCCUUACGGGAUAGCCUAGCAGAUAUGGCAUUCGCUGUUCAAGGCAUUCAGGAAAGGUCUGUUUCGGAACCGUCGUUUACCGAAACAACUGCAGACCGAGUUACUCAUUUUUCAACUGUAGAUCAUGUUCCUUUAGAACAGCUCGACAAUAAAACUACAAAUGCACACAUCCUGUUGCGUUCUAGUAUCGAAGAGCUCGAGGAACAGUGGACUCGAAGAGUGAGGAAUAGGAGGCCGUUCCAAUACGUCGUGGGAUGUGCACAUUGGAGAGACUUAGUCUUGAGUGUUCAGGAGGGGGUCCUAAUACCAAGGCCAGAAACAGAGCAAAUGAUAGACCUUGCAGAGGCUGCAAUUACAGCAGAUAAUUCUCUAAAUAAUGGGUUGUGGGCGGACCUUGGAACUGGAAGCGGUGCUUUGGCAAUCGCCAUGGCACGCCUUCUUCCUCCUACUGGGUCAGUUAUUGCUGUUGAUGCUAGUCCAAUAGCUGUUGCUGUGGCUCGGCGGAACGUGGAGAAAUAUGAGCUCAAGGACCGAGUGAAUGUUGUCUUUGGCUCCUGGUUCACACCUCUAGAGAAUCUUAAUGGUUCUCUGGCAGGCAUAUUGAGCAAUCCCCCCUACAUACCGUCAGAAAAUAUUGCGGGACUUCAAGCUGAAGUAGGAAAGCACGAGCCGCAGUCUGCACUAGAUGGAGGAGAGGAUGGCAUGAGUGACUUGCGCAAAAUCUGUCAAGGCUCUUCGUUUGCUCUCAGGGCUGGGGGAUUUCUUGUGUUGGAGACCAACGGUGGGAAUCAAGCUGAGGCUGUAUCUGCUUAUCUACACAGUUUAAGAUCAAAGGGAGACUUUCAAACCUUAACCUCUAUUCCUUGCUUUAAGCACAUUAGAAUCGUGCCUGAUUUCGCUGGGAUUGGCCGGUUUGUUGUAGCUACUCGUUGCUGAUGACCUGGAGUAAAUGGUUCUGAUGCUUCACUGUUUUGUGAAUACGUGUAAAACUUUUUUGGCACUUUUAUUGUCUAUCUUUUUCACUUUUCCAUCGAGAAUUGCGAUGGUCACCAA